AGCACCAGCACGAAGCACGCACCAAACCAAAAAUAAGGCUGGGAAGACGAAGCCGAGGCCCAAAAAUAUUUGGGGGCCGAGCGGAAGCGCGAAUCCCCCCGAAUCCUCCCUCCCCGAUCCCAAUCCCGAAUCCCACCCCGUCGCCAGAUCUCGCCCCGAUCGCUGCCGGCGGCGGCGGAGGCUGGACGGGCCGGCCGGCGGUUGGAGGAGAUCUCGCCGAGAUUUGGGUUGGGCUGGUGGGAGGAGCCGGGUGCGUGGACAUGGCGUCGGCGCAGGCGUCGUCGUCCUCCACCGCCGCCCCGUCGUCGCGCGAGGCGAGCCGCCAGGCCGGGAAGAAAGCGCUAGAGGAGUUCCGGAAGAAGAAAAAGAAGGCGGCGAAGAAGGCCACCACCGUUGUAGACCAGGCAGCGCCGGCUGCUCCCAGUGUAGUGGAGAGCCCCCUGCCAAAUUCCAAUAAUGGCAUCCCAGGAGAAGCCCCGGUGUCUGAUUUGGACUCAAACACACCAAGCACAUCGUCUGCGCCAUCUGCAGCCUAUGAGAAUGGCCCGACGAGUUCUUCCAGAAGCGAGGACUUUCUGUCAAAUGGUCCUGUUGUUGUGAAUGCGUCAGCUAAUUUUAGUAAUGCUGGUCCUCUGCAAGAUGCUACUGCCGAUGGAGGGAGUAAGUUUUAUGGAAACUUGAGCUACUCUGAUCUAGUUAAUGGGCAUCAUGAUGAUUGGAGAGGCGAUGCUGCCCGUGAAAGGUCAGAGACCAGUCCUGACAAGGAUGCCCCUUUAACAUCUGAAUCAAGUGCAUUUGGAACCACUAACAGUGGUUCUAACUCUGCGGAGGUCUUGCCGAAUUGGGGAGGAAAUUCAUCUUUGAGUCAAGUACAUGGUACUGAACAAUCUAGUUCAUUUUCAUCUGGCAGCCUUUUUGGGAAGUCCGGAAGAACUUACUCUCAGGAUUACUCCCCAGAAAAUGAUAUCUUCGGCCGCUUACGAGCUACCUCCAAAGACUCUUCCCAAGUAGAACACUCUGCAUAUGCCAGCAACCGGGACUAUCGCAGUAACUUCAGUAGUUCUAUGGUCGCUGAUGGUGUAGAUCAUGACGCAAAUAUUGGAAUGUUUCGGAAUGCAUCAGAUUCCACACCUACUAAUUUUGAUAAACAGGAUUCUUUUAUGUCAACUGCUUAUCCAACUGCAUACAAUCGAUCCCGGCCAUCUUUUCUUGAUUCUAUUGGAGUACAAAGAGCUCUUCCAACAGAAGUCCCAUAUGGGGAGCCUCCAAAAGCUAACAAUAAGCUAUUCAGCAGUUUAAAUUCUGAAAGUUCUGCUCUUCAGCAGCCAAAUCAGCAAUCCACACAAAGCACUGUUGUGGAUAACUCUGUUAUAACAGGAAGACAAGAAUAUACUAAUGACAAGGGGCUAUAUGAAAAUUCCAUACCUCCUGUUUCCUUGCCUUCGAAAGAUGAAAAAAGUUCGCAGUAUGGUAAUCAAAUGUUCCAAAAUUUCACAACUCAUGAGAAAGAUGAUGGUUUUGCGACACUAGAGCAGCUCAUUGAGGAUUUGACGACAGAGAAGUUCUCCUUACAAAGGACUCUAGAGAAAUCUCAAGAACUAGCGCAAAAUUUGGCCACAGAUAACUCAGCGCUAACAGAUAAGUUCAACCAACAGGCACAUGUUAUCAGCCAGUUGACAUCUGACAUGGAGAGGUUGCAGGAUGAAAUUCAAGCUCAACUGCUGGCACUUGAGUCCAUCAGAACGGAAUAUGCUAAUGCCCAACUAGAAUGCAAUGCUGCAGAUGAGAGGGGGAAAGUACUUGCAGCAGAAGUCAUUCUAUUGGAAGAUAAGGCUCUUAAGCUGAGGUCAAAUGAGUUGAAACUUGAAAAGGAAGUGGAGGGUUUAAAUUCAGAGAUUUCUUCAUACAGGCGCAAAGUUUCUAGUCUAGAGAAGGAACGUCAACAUCUUCAAUCUACUGUCGAGGCUCUUCAAGAAGAAAAGAAGCUCCUACACUCUAAAUUGAGGAACAUUCCUAUGAGUGAGAAGGUAAAUGCCAUAGAGAAACUACCAGUCAACAAAAGAGAUGCAUCAACCGCGACGGAAGAUUUAGGGGAAAGCAGCUCUUCGGAAGCAAUGACUAGUACCAGUGACCAAUUACAAGAUGUUGGAACAUCUAUUUCGCGGUCCAACAUAUCUGAGUUUCCUUCAUUCGAGGAGCUGUCUUCUAGCAUUCCAGACGACCAGCUUAGAAUGAUAGACAACAUCAACUCCUUGAUGUCGGAGUUAGCAGUGGAGAGAGAAGAGCUACUGCGAGGAUUGAGGAUCGAGUCAUCCAAUUGCUCCAAGCUGAAGGAGCUGAACAGGGAUCUAACACAAAAGCUGGAGAGCCAGACACAGAGACUUGAACUGUUGACUUCCCAAAUAAUGGCUAACGAAAAUGUCCUUGCAAAACCGGUUGACACACGGUCCAUCAAUGAUGCAACAAUGUAUGCUGAUGAAGGAGACGAGGUUGUCGAUCGGGUGCUUGGCUGGAUUAUGAAGCUGUUCCCUGCAGGGCCAAAGCGUCGUACCAGCAAACUCCUCUAGUGGAAAUGAAAGUUUUAGUAUACCAUAUAUUGUCUCUUCAUUUAUAUAUUUUCCUUUUGCCCGGUUUUGGUCAUAGCAUCCUGAGAAGCUGUAUAUUGGAGCGAUUUGAUGUAACCAUUCUUUUUUCUACAGAAAAUGAAAUGAAAAAGUUGGAGCUACAAAAUUGUAUUGACAGACAGCAGACAGAAUAGCCUCCAACAAUAUAUUCCUCCCAUCUUAUAUUUUGUGGUCAUGGGUUGGGGUGGAUAGGUUGGGGUGGAUAUGUAAAAGUUAUAAUUCAGUAAAGGUUGUACCGACUGUC